UGGGGAUGUGACAACUUUCUUUCUAACAGGUUACAAUUUCAGCUGCAUACUUCAAUAGACAAACAUAAACGGGGAAAGGCGAUAACGCACGAUGAGAGAUGAUUAUGAAGACUCUGUGAGGAGAGAGAUGUCGGAACAGAAGAAGGGAUUAUAUGAGCGCAUCCCAUAUGUCCAACCCAUAGCGUUCGGCCUCUCCAUGAAUCACCAGAUAGCGCAUUACAAGGACACGCUUGGACUUCCCUUUCCCCUGAACACAACAACCUACCUGGAUCCUGUGUACGGUCAGAGAUUCGCAGGGAGUCUCUCAUAUUUCCCAUUCCACAGGCACAUCGGUGUAUAUGACUAUUCAUUCGAACCAGCGUUCAUUCGAAAAAGGAACGAAAGGGAACGGCAGCGGGUGCGCUGUGUAAACGAGGGUUACGCACGGCUCCGGGAGCAUCUUCCCCAAGAGUUCGAGGACAAAAGACUCAGCAAAGUGGAGACACUGCGUGCUGCAAUAUACUACAUAAAACACUUGCAGAGUAUGUUGGAUGUCAACGUGUCCAGUGGUGGUGGGAUAGUUGAAAUGUCAGCUGGAGAGAUGCGCAGCCGUGCGCCCGUGCCAAAGAUGACAGAAUGCUACAGCGACGGCGAGUCAAAGAACAGCGACAGUGGAGAGUUACGUUUCUAGAACUGUGUAAAACGAAUAAACUGUAUUUCCUAUCACUAUAUGCUACCCUUGUUGAAGUUUGGUAACAAAAAAGAAAUUACAUGAAAGUUAUAUAUGAAUGAACUGUGUACUCUUAUCAUUAAUUUCAAUGAACAUUUUGAUUACUUGAUUUUGACAAAAAGCAACAAGACAGUGCAUUUUGACAAUGGACACCGUGGACUCUGUGAAGCCUGCUAUCAGAUGCUAAAUCAGGUUAAAAGUUGCACAAUGCUUCUCUCAUGGAGCCCCAGGCAUUAGGGUAUUUUGGUUUGCCUUUGUAAACCAGUGUGAGGCUUAGAAUGACCUUAACCCAAAUAUAUUUUGCAUAGGCACAGUACGUGCUUUGCACUUCCUUGUUCAUGUACAGUGUCAUCUCAUCACACUCGAAAACAGGCCACUAGAGAUAUAAUUGUGUAGGUCUACAUUCCUUAUGACAUUUUCAGUUGUGUCAGUGACUCAGUGUGCCAGUAAAAUGAUUGGGGG